GUUUGUAUCUCAGUCUUCCAAAGAAGCCUAUGUGAUUUCUCUCUAUAUCAACAAUCCCUUACUUAUUGGUGGAAAGAAAUUUGAUCUUCGUCUGUAUGUUUUAGUAUCUACGUAUCGUCCACUAAGAUGUUACAUGUAUAAACUUGGAUUUUGCCGUUUUUGCACAGUAAAAUAUACACCAAGUACAAGUGAAUUGGAUAACAUGUUUGUACAUCUUACAAACGUUGCCAUUCAGAAACAUGGGGAUGAUUACAAUCAUAUCCAUGGAGGCAAGUGGACAGUGAGUAACUUACGCCUGUAUCUGGAGAGCACCCGUGGAAAGGAAGUCACAAACAAAUUAUUUGAUGAAAUUCACUGGAUAAUUGUGCAGUCACUGAAGGCUGUUGCGCCUGUAAUGAAUAAUGAUAAACACUGCUUUGAGUGUUAUGGAUAUGACAUUAUCAUUGAUGACAAGCUUAAACCAUGGCUAAUUGAGGUUAAUGCUUCUCCUUCUCUUACUUCCAGUACUGCUAAUGAUCGCAUCUUGAAGUAUAAUCUUAUUAAUGACACACUUAACAUUGCUGUCCCUAAUGGGGAAAUUCCAGACUGUAAAUGGAAUAAAUCUCCACCAAAAGAAGUUCUUGGCAAUUAUGAAGUCUUAUAUGAUGAAGAGAUGGCGCAAAGUGAUGGGCCUGAUCGUGAUUUGCGAAGUCGUUCUGGGCAGUCCACUGGAGUAAAAGGAAAUCGUGCAAGAGAUUCAGGAAAGCCUGUACUAACCACCUGGAAGUGA